AUGAAAGAGUUGCUAACUAAGAAGAGGACUCUUAAAGAAGAUGAAACUAUAGUCCUCGCCAAGGAAUAUGGUGCCAUUAUUCAAAGGAAGCUACCUCAGAUCUUGAAGGAUUCAGGAAGUUUUCAAAUCCUAUAUACUAUUGGAGACAUCACUAUUGGGAAAGCAUUAUGUGACAUAGGAGCGAGCAUCAACUUAAUGCCAUUGUCCAUGAUGAAGAAGAUGCAAAUAGAGGAAGUCAAACCCACAAGAAUAUCUCUCCAACUAACUAACAGGUCAAUAAAGCUCCCUCAUGGAGUUGUGGAGAAUUUGCUAGUUAAAGUAGGAGAUUUUAUAUUCCCUGCAGAUUUUGUUGUUCUUGAAAUAGAGGAGAGUGAUGAUGCUUCUAUCAUUCUAGGGAGACCUUUCCUAGCCACUAGACGUGCACUCAUAGAUGUUCAAAAGGGAGAACAGACACUAAGGGUCCAUGAUGUGCAAUUGAGCUUCAAUGUUUUUAAGACCAUGCAAUAUCCGAGUAAGAUAGAGAAUUGUAUGAAAAUUGACCUAAUUGAUGUAUUAGUGAAAGAAACCAUUGAAGGGGAUUACUUACGAACAUUCUUAAAGGUCAUCAACCCAUGGAGCUAG